AUCUCACCAACCCGCACGAUCUCGCCCCGCGCCACCCGCCGCGGCUCCGGGUUCACGUGGAGCGGGUGCCGCCGCUGCCGCUGACCGGCGGCUUAGCUAAGCCGCCGGCCCGUCCAGCCGCGCGUCGCCACCCCGUACCUGCCAAUAUUUUACCAGUCGCGGUUGCGCCGGUCGCUAUCCCCUCCGUGGCUGGCAGUGGAGAGUAGGGAAGUCAACACACGACUUGGCCGGUAGCCAGCAGCCAGCAGAGGCGGGGGAGGAGUCGGAGAAGGGAGGGUGGUGGGCGGCCAGUCGCCGCUCGCGCUCGGAGAUCACCGAGAGAUCGCUCUCGCCCUCGCUCAAAGAUCGUUUAUUUAUACACCCAUCGCUGCUGCCGCCCCCCGUCCCCCGCCCGGAUCUGGAUCUCACUGCACCUCCCACCCGCCCCCGCCCCGCCCCCUCCUCCGCCUCCCCGCCGCCGUCGCCGCCGCCUGGGCCAGCCAUGGGCGCCGCUACCGCGGGCCAGCAGGCGGGAGGGACCCCGGACAAGCUCCGGCACGUCGAGUCCAUGUCCGAGCGGCCCUCCGGCGCCGGGUCCAUCUCCGGGAUCAGCGCCGUCGUCCUGGGCGAGUCGCUCGCCGACGAGGAGCACGAACUCGUCUUCCCCAGCGCCGAGUUCUCCGCCACCGCACUCGUCUCCUCCCCCCAGCAGUACAAGGAGAUGUACGAGAGGUCCAUCAAGGACCCGGCCGGGUUCUGGUCAGAGAUCGCCGACGCCUUCUACUGGAAGGAGAAGUGGAACCCCAGCGAGGUCUGCUCCGAAAACCUCGACGUCAGCAAGGGCCCCGUCCACAUCAGUUGGUUCAAAGGGGGCAAAACCAACAUAUGCUACAAUGCCGUCGACCGCAACGUCGAGGCUGGGAAUGGGGACAAGAUUGCACUGUACUGGGAGGGCAAUGAGCCCGGCCAGGAUGGGAAGCUCACCUAUUCUGAGCUCGUGGAGAAGGUUUGCCAGCUUGCAAAUUACUUGAAAAGUGUUGGUGUCGGCAAGGGGGAUGCUGUGAUCAUCUACUUACCGAUGCUGCUGGAGCUUCCCAUUGCCAUGCUUGCAUGUGCGCGUAUCGGUGCUGUCCAUUCGGUUGUGUUUGCUGGCUUCUCUGCGGAUUCGCUGGCCCAAAGGAUCGUUGAUUGCAAGCCUAAGCUUGUGCUCACUUGUAAUGCCGUGAAAAGGGGGCCCAAGCCCAUUCUUCUCAAAGACAUAGUGGAUGCUGCUCUGGUGGAAAGUGAGAAGAAUGGAUUCUCUGUAGGUAUUUGUUUGACAUACGAAAACCAGUCAGUAAUGAAGAGGCAAGACACAAAAUGGCAAGCAGGAAGGGAUGUUUGGUGGCAGGAUGUUGUGACCAACUUUCCUACCAAGUGUGAUGUGGAAUGGGUGGAUGCGGAGGAUCCAUUGUUUCUUUUGUACACGAGUGGCAGCACUGGAAAACCAAAGGGUGUUAUGCAUACUUCUGGGGGCUAUAUGGUGUAUACUGCAACAACAUUUAAGUAUGCAUUUGAUUACAAGCCAACAGACAUAUACUGGUGCACUGCAGACUGUGGUUGGAUUACUGGACAUAGCUAUGUGACAUAUGGCCCACUCCUGAAUGGAGCUGCAGUUCUUGUUUUUGAAGGGACUCCGAACUACCCUAAUGCUGGUCGGUGCUGGGACAUUGUGGACAAGUACAAGGUGUCAAUAUUUUAUACCGCACCAACACUCGUCCGUUCACUCAUGCGCGAUGGUGAUGAGUAUGUUACACGCUACUCUCGAAAAUCUCUCCGAGUCCUGGGAAGCGUUGGUGAGCCAAUUAAUCCUAGUGCAUGGAGAUGGUUCUACAAUGUUGUUGGGGAUUCAAAGUGCCCCAUAUCAGAUACUUGGUGGCAGACUGAAACUGGUGGCUUCAUGAUGACUCCUUUACCUGGUGCCUGGCCUCAGAAACCGGGUUCUGCAACAUUUCCUUUCUUUGGUGUGCAGCCGGUCAUUGUUGAUGAGAAAGGACAGGAGAUUGAAGGAGAAUGUAGCGGAUAUCUUUGCAUUAAAAAAUCAUGGCCUGGGGCUUUCCGGACCCUCUAUGGAGAUCAUGACAGAUAUGAGACCACAUACUUCAAGCCAUUUGCUGGCUACUAUUUUACUGGUGAUGGUUGCAGCAGGGACAAAGAUGGUUACCACUGGCUUACUGGAAGAGUAGAUGAUGUUAUCAACGUUAGUGGGCAUCGAAUUGGCACAGCAGAGGUUGAGUCUGCUUUGGUUUCGCAUCCACAGUGUGCAGAGGCCGCUGUUGUUGGUGUUGAGCAUGAGGUCAAAGGUCAGGGAAUAUAUGCUUUUGUAACUUUGGUGGAUGGCGUUCCUUACGGUGAAGAACUACGAAAGAGCCUCAUAGCAAAAGUCCGCACUCAGAUCGGGGCGUUUGCAGCUCCAGACAGGAUCCACUGGGCGCCGGGGCUCCCCAAGACCCGCAGCGGCAAGAUCAUGCGCAGGAUCCUGCGCAAAAUUGCCGCGAAGCAGCUGGACGAGCUCGGCGACAUAAGCACUCUCGCUGACCCCGGCGUCGUCGACCAGCUGAUCGCGCUCAAAGAUUGCUAGGAUGUAAAGCAGUUAUGCGACUGUUUUUUCCCCUAUGCGGUUAUGUGGUUGGUAGAAGGUUGAUUUUAGUGCUCGCUAGUCCUUUUAAUCAGUGCGAUUUUCUCCUGAGGCUAGUGAGCUGCAGCGUGGUGUAAUGUAAUGUUCUCUCCUUGUGUUUCACUUUUGUAAACUUGUGUAUCACAUAUCCGUAGAGUUCCGUGAAUGUAUUGAUUGGCCGAAGAAAAAUACGUCAAUAAAGGAAAUGUCAACUGUGUUAGGUUUU